GUAACCUGAAUAUACGCAGUUAAAAGGGUGAUCCGAAUAUGUGUAUUUUCGUUUUCUUGUUUUGAGAUAUUAAAAAGGAAAAACUGUCAUAUUUUGGAAAAUCCACGGCACCAUUUUUUCCGUUCGUCAGAUUAUAAGUACGAGCGACUUUUAUUUAUUCAGAGAGAUAAACACGAAGACACAGAUACGGACUGAGAAAAUAAUGGCAUCAACAGAAGCUCAAGUAUUGUCAUCACUGGUGUACAGAAUCAAAAAAACGAUUCCUUUGGGUUGCCGUCUUUAUGUUUUUGAUGUUGAUUGCAGUCCUGAUGGUUUCCUGUGUUUAUCAGCAAUAAACAUAGGGGACUAUAAAACGAAAUCGGAAUCUAUUUUAUUUACAUCUCCGUAUGGAAGGUAUAUGGCAGCAGGUAGCAGUACAGAUUAUUAUUGUACUUCCGUAAACUCAGUCUUUAAAGUCAUCGUGCCAAGCAUUUUUCCGAAAAUAAAAAUUUGGCCUGUCCAUGAUAAAAAGCCAAAUCCAGAAUGCAUAACAAAUGAUGGUUACACUCCGCAAGGUAUAACGGUCCGUAAAACCGGUGACGUUCUUAUUUGUCUGUGGAAUAAUGAGAUCGGUGAAAAAAGUUUAGGAAAAGUUAUAUCAACAAAUGGCAUUCUCAACAUUUUCACAGAUAAAAACCACCCUCUCUACGUCUGCCCCACCUACAUUGCAGAGAAUGGCAAUGGAGACAUCUGUGUCUCUGACGUCAGAGCCGUGGUUGUUACGGACGCCGGCGGGAUGUUGAGAUUCCGUUACCAAGGAAACUCCAGUAGCAGCAACUUUGAUCCGUAUGGUAUAUGUUGCGAUUCGUCGUGCAACAUUAUCGUUGCUGAUACGAAAAACGACAAAAUUCACGUGGUUGAUAAGGACGGUCAAUUUCUUUAUCAUGUGAUCUAUCAUGGAAUCAAAAUGCCGAGGGUUCUUUGCAUUGACAGAAAAAACAAUUUACAUGUUGGAGAAUGGCAUACUGAUACCAUUAACGUCAUUGAACGUUAGUUUGCCAGUCACAGUUAAUUACUCACACACAAACUUUUAUUCUUUAUUCUAUGAGAUCUGAAAUGCACAGCAUUAGCUGUUUCGUACUUUGCUAUGUACUUAGCUAUAAAGUAUUUUUUUG